UUGCUAGAUAUGUGCAUAGUGUGAAGAGAGAGAGAGAGAGAGAGGGAGAGGAAAGAAGAAACAGACGAGGUGGAGGAUGGUCAGGGCCUUCAUAAGGGCUUUAUGGGGGGCUUCAGAGAAGAAGAUCACUACCACCACCAACCCUUGGAGAUCCCCCUCGGCUUCCGGAGCACCUCGCCGCCGCCGAUGAUCGCAUCCACCUCCAUGAGCAAGGAGCCGAUGAGCUACGACAUGGCGGAUUUGGAUCAAGCAGCACUAUUUCUCUACCUAGAUGGUCAUGACCCACAGUCGAUUCAAGAACAACGACAGACUCUGAACAUCUUUCCCUCCCAGCCCAUGCAUGCCGCGGAGCCACUUAAUCCUGCUGCAAAGAUUAAUGGUGGCGCAGCCAUGGCAGUCAUGCUUGCUAAUGGCGGCAACCCGCAGCAGUCGUCUCCCAGGAGGCCUGACCAGCAGCAGCAAGGUGCCGCCGGCCAGAAGGUCACCACCGGAUGCCCCAAUGCAGCACCCUUGUUGCCUAAUUCAGGAAAGGACAACAAGAACAGUGCUACUCUAAUCAAGAAGGAAGGAACCAGCAGUGGGAAGGGUGCAACAUCGUCUAGCACAGACCCAGAGAGGGAAGGGGUCAGGAGAACACAAGACCCCAAGACACUGAGAAGGCUUGCACAGAAUAGAGAGGCAGCCAGGAAAAGUAGGCUCAGGAAGAAGGCUUACAUCCAACAGUUGGAGACAAGUAGGAUUAGGUUAAGCCAGAUCGAACAACAGGUUCAAGCUGCAAGAGUACAGGGCGUCUUGCUGGGCACUGGAGAUCAGCACCACCAAGGCCUUUCUUCUGGCCCUUCAGUUGCUGGGAUGUUUGACAUGGAGUAUGCGAGAUGGGUCGACGAGCACAGCAAGCUGAUCGUCCAGCUCAAGGGAGCACUGAACGACCAUGCACCGGACAACCAGCUGCAGUUAAUUGUCGGCGGCGCGUUGGCACAGCACGACGAGCUGCUCGGCCUCAAGGCCGCCAUUGCCAGGACUGACAUCUUCCAUCUAUUGUGCGGGGUGUGGGCCAGCCCCGCAGAGCGCUGCUUCCUUUGGUUGGGUGGGUUUCGACCCUCAGAGGUCAUCAAGGUGAUGUUGAAGCAUGUCGAGCUCGAGCCGCUGUCGGAGGGCCAGCUCCUGGGCAUCCUCAACCUCCAGCAGUGGGUGCAGGAGGCCGAGGGAUCGCUGAGCCACGACAUGGAGAACCUCCAGCACUCCCUCUCCGACAGCGUCGCCUCCCCGGAUCUCGCCGGCAGCAACUUCAUGGGGCACAUGAACCACGCCCUCAACAAGAUCUCCUCCAUGGAAGGCAUCGUCAGGCAGGCAGAUGCGAUGAGGCAGCAGACCCUGCACAAGCUGCAUCAGAUGCUCACCAUCCGGCAGGCCGCCCUCUGCUUCGUUUCCAUCGCCGAGUACUUCCACCGCCUCCGCGCCGUCAGCACGCUCUGGGCUGCCAGGCCGCGUCUCGACGGGCAGGGGCAGGUCCCGCCCCCGUCCUAG